GUUGAUCCAAGUCCUUUUGGCGAAUGAGUUUACUGUAGGCUAUUGUACUGUGAAGACAUAGGGAGUGUAUCCUACCUACAUUAGGCUACCAAAACAUCCCGCCUAACUCCACUUUUAAGUCCCGGGACCAGAUCUUUUUAAAUAUCAGCACAUUGUGAACUAUUCGCAGUAUUUUAAUAUAAACGGUGUGAUCAUUUUGUAUGUUUUUGUUAGUUUAUGGUUUGCGUUUCAACACUCCGGGAGGGCAGAAAUGGCGGCCAACAUGUACCGGGUCGGAGACUACGUGUUCUUCGAGAAUUCCUCGAGUAACCCUUACCUGAUUCGCAGAAUAGAAGAGCUCAACAAGACAGCCAGUGGGAAUGUUGAAGCCAAGGUAGUGUGUUUCUACAGGAGGAGGGACAUCUCCCACAGCCUCAUCCAGCUGGCAGACAAGCAUGCAAAAGACCUGGAGGAGGAGAAGGAGUGUCCAUCAGAGGCGGAGUUAACAGACAAACAGAAGCACCAGCUUCGCCACAGAGAACUGUUCCUGUCUCGUCAGUAUGAGAGUUUACCAGCCACACACAUCAGGGGGAAAUGCAGUGUGGCGUUGUUGAACGAGACAGAAGCGGUCCUCUCCUACCUUGACAAAGAGGAUACAUUCUUCUACUCUCUAGUGUAUGACCCCACACAGAAGACCCUGCUGGCUGAUAAGGGAGAGAUCCGGGUGGGACCACGCUUCCAGGCUGACGUACCAGAGAUGUUACAGGAGGACGAGGCAGAUGAGAGAGACCAGUCCAAGCUGGAGGAGAAGUUGUGGGAUCCACAGUGUCCUCUGAGCAGCAGACAGAUCGACCAGUUCCUUGUGGUUGCACGGGCGGUGGGUACAUUUGCGCGAGCUUUGGACUGCAGCAGCUCAGUCAGACAGCCUAGCUUACACAUGAGUGCUGCUGCAGCGUCACGAGACAUCACACUGUUCCACGCGAUGGACACGCUGCAUCGCCAUGGUUACGACCUGUCCAGCGCCCUGAGCGUGCUGGUGCCGGCGGGGGGUCCGGUGCUGUGCCGGGACGAGAUGGAGGAGUGGAGCGCCUCCGAGGCCAGCAUGUUCGAAGAGGCCCUGGAGAAAUACGGCAAAGACUUCAACGACAUCCGACAAGACUUCCUGCCCUGGAAGUCUCUGACCAGCAUCAUAGAGUACUACUACAUGUGGAAGACAACAGACAGAUAUGUCCAGCAGAAGAGGCUGAAAGCCGCAGAAGCAGAGAGCAAACUCAAGCAGGUUUACAUCCCCACAUAUAACAAGCCCAACCCCAAUCAGAUCUCUGUGACCAAUGGGAAGAUGGCGACAGUAAACGGGGCGGGGCCCGGGGCCUAUCACACAGCGGGAAGUGGCACAGGAGGAGGAACAGGAGCAGGAACAGGAGGAGCAGGAACGGGAGCAGGAACAGGAGGAGCAGGAACGGGAGGAGCAGGAACGGGAGGAGGCAGAGCCUGUGAAACCUGCUACUCCAUGCAGUCAGCCCAGUGGUACUCGUGGGGUCCUCCUAACAUGCAGUGUCGCCUGUGUGUGUCCUGCUGGAUGUACUGGAAGAAGUAUGGUGGCCUGAAGAUGCCAAGCAGAGCUGAGGGGCCCGAGGAGAGGACGUCCCCCACCCCAACCACCAACGAGCCUCGUUCGCGAGGUCACGGGCCCCGCCAGUCCAGUCACAUGGUCCCGGUGCGUAACAGUGGCAGCCCCAAGUCGUCCAUGAAGACCAAGCAGGCGUUCUUGCUGCAGGCCACACGCCUCACCAAGCUGGCCAGGCACAUGUGCCGUGACCUCAUCCGGCUGCGCCGUGCCGCGCGACGCCCCUUUGUGCCCAUUAACUGUGGGGCCAUAAAGGCAGAGUAUAUGUUGCGAGUGUCGGAGGGUCAAGGGGGCAGGCCGCCCAGGAUCCGGACCGUUCCGAGAAGCACCCUCACCAGCGUUGUGCAGUUCCUAGAGUCUCGCCCGGCCCCUCCGGCCAUGCGCUCCUACCGCACGCCCGGCCUGCAAGCCCCUCCCCCACGCCGCCUGCUCUCUUCCCUCCCCCAUGGACCCCACGGCAUGCUGGGCAAGAGGAGCUACCACCACCACAGCAGGAUGGAACAGGAGAAAGGCUCAGAGAACCAGGGCCCCACACCUGGCCCCACGCCCGGCCCAGCCUCGGGUCCAGUCCUGCACAACGGGCGUAGCAGUAGUGGGAGCAGUUCCAGGGGCGGGGUGAUGAUGCGGAAAAAACGCCCUAACUGGAUCGACGCCCCCGAUGACAGCUUCUUCCUGGUCACCAGGGAGACAAAGAGGGCCAGACGCCUGCUGUCCAGGUCCCAGCUGAGACGCGCCUGUCGGCAGCCCUGUGAACAGAUCACCCUCCGCAGGGUCUCCCAGGCCCCGCCGCAGGGGCCCGUCCUCGCCCCCCCACACCCGCACCCCAGCUUAAGGAUGAGGGGGCCCAUCGUCAUCCACGACUGACUCGCUCCGGUCGCUCUGGCCCUCCUCCCCACACCCACCCCCCCUGGAAUCACCCACCAACCCCCCUGGCACCAACAGGAUGGACUACCUAAUACAAACUACUGAUGUGGUGCCCACCUCUAACUUUGUAGCUAUUGGGACAGGGUGGGGGGUGGGGGGGGGGACACGAGGUGCGUGUGUGCACGUGUAUGAUCAUGCUUGUGUCUGUGUUUGCCCCUCUGCUUUAUGAGAACAGACACGAUGAAGGAUCUUUCUGGUGUUUUUUUUACUUCCGUACAUGCUACAUGGUCGUGAGUUGUGAGGCUGUCUCAGUUUGUAUCAAGCAGGUUGACCAUCUGACUUUGGCCUGGUCGCCAUCAUGUUUCCCAAGAUGCCUGACAGGCCACUGUCUUGAAAGCAACCAAUCAGAAUGAUCCAACUGCAUUUAAAGAAACAACGGCAUUCUUAAGUAGGCUGAGCACAGACCUGUAGCUGUGCUAAAUACAUAGAUACAGGAUUACUGAUCCUCAGUCCUGAGCAAAUGACCUCAUAAAGAUCAUCAACAUGAUCGAAAUCUUCUCUUGUACCUUUUCAGACUGCAGUUCAUCUGCCCAGAUGAAAUGAGCUGUCCAAGCUAGCAAUGCAGACAGCGAGCAAACACAUGUCUCACACCAUGUGGGCGUGGUUCAUAAGCUUGUGUAUAGCAUCCUCAUUGUAUAUGCCACCAAUUCUCUUUCUAUCGCCUCCGGGCCUGGUCAGAGAUGACAGCACUUUCGCAGUAAAGGGCACAGGGCCGUCUCCUUCUUCUUUCACUGGCACCGCCGCAUGUAUUUGAGGCUAGCCCCUACUGGCCAAUUAACGG